GCAAACUGCUGACGACCCGAAACAAUAGGUGACUUUUUAGCGAGCAAUUGGGUGCCGGGCAUUGGUCACUCAGCUGGCUUUACACACGGCUUAGACGAUGACGUUCUGGUUUCUGGUCUUGGUUCUGGUGACCUUAAAUUCGACAUGGCUUACCUGGCCCGCAAGGGCCGCCAAAAUCACUUCCGUAUCGACGUUUCAGUUUCUGGAGCAACCCAAUGCCGAUCCGGAUCAGAGCUGGUCCCACCACCUUCCAACAAACUUCUACUCCGAGAUAAACCAGCAGUACUACAGGAGAUUUCGAAGACAGGCUGGCCUGAUCAACAGACUUGGAACAGGAAAUCGGCAACAUUAUCCAUUUGAAUAUGCUCGAUAUGUCUGAAAAUAAAUGCAACUUAGUGUA